CAUGGACUUUAAAAUUGCUUUUAAUGAUAAUGAUGGCCUUAUUUUAAAUUGGGAUAAUCGUUUUGACACUCUUGUUAACUUUUUAUCGAGCGAUGGGCACAUAAAAGAUACGAAAAUUAAAAGAAUAGUAGAAAAUGUGAGGAACACUCCUGAUUUAGCAGAAAAUGGAAAAAAUGCGGCAAUUUUUUGGGCUCUGCAUGGUUACUUUGUUCCUACAAAAUUGGUUGUGACAAAGAAGGAUGAGAGAAAGACAAAUACAAAAUAUACAAUUAAAGACUCUCAAGAAUCCUUUUUAUUUAUUGGAAAAACCCAACAAGAAGUAGAAGACCACCUACUUCACCUGAAGGAUAGGAAUAUAUCUAUUCAGCCGUUUUUAUGUUGCGUCGGUGAAGAUUAAACAUUACAAAUAUAUGUAUCUAUUUUGAUGUAAUACUAUACAAUUUCAAAAAUUUUGUUCGAGCCAUUGAUAUAUGUUUUAAAAUAAUUUAUUUAUUUGAUUUGGAAUUUCCACCAGCGUCUCUUACAUUUUAUAGCUUCAUCGAGAGUUAUUUUUAUAAUUUCAAGUAAAAAAAUAUGACUUCGAAAAUCCAUAUUUUAACAGACUUUUUAAAUAAUCAAUAGAUCAAAAAGAAAUGCCUUAUAGUUCCUAGUCUAACAUAAAAUAUUAUGUUUGAAUUAUGUAGUUGUGGAAAAAUAUUGUCAUUUAUUUUUUUAAAUGUUGCAUGUUUUUUCAACUUCAUUAAGUUAAGAAACUGAAUUUUAUUAAACAUAACUUUUAACUACAACAAUUAGCCUGCUAGGAACUUGCCGUUAUUGGUCUCUAGUAGUUGUGAACCAAGAGCCUAUAAUUUCUUUAUUUUUAAAAUAUUGCAUGUUUUUCUAAAUUUAUAUCUAUCUAGUAACUAGUAACUUAUCUACUCCUACCCUACUACUUUAUUGUGCUUAACAUCAACUUGUGUUGAAUACUAGGGCCCAAUUUUAUUAAAUUAUUUUAAAAUGCACAAGAUGCCCUAAAAUGGGUAACUCAAAUGUAGGUAGGUACGUUUUAUUUUACGGAACUCCAUAUAGCCCAAAUGGAUUGUAGUAAAAAAUAAUUUUUUUAAUCUACCUACCACACUUAUGUUUUAAAAUUAUUAUUAUGGGUACUUAUACUAAAUUCACAAUCAAGAUGCAGUAGAAAUAAACAAACCAAGACAUGUUAAAUGCUACUAGGAGCACUACCGAAUCAUAAAUUACAAUGCAUAAACUUUGGAAAUCAUGAUUUGUGAUUUACAGUGUAUAUACAUUGUAAAUUAUGAUUCGGGAGUGCUCCUAGUAGCAUUUAACGUGUCUUGGUUUGUUUAUUUUUACUGCAUCUUGAUUGUAAAUUUAGUAUAGUACAGAUUCUCCAAAAAUUAUGUUUUUAUAUUUUUAUUCACUAUUGUGUCGCAAUGGGUCUAUAGUAUAUAUUAACCACUUGAGUAUCAUUAGGCCUUAACUGAAAACGUGCAAUAUUAAUGAAAAAAAAAUACAACUAAUUAUUGGCUAAGCAGACUAACUGUUGUACAGUUGAGUCCGGGAAUCUUUACCCGUGCGUCAUCAUUUAAAGCAUACGAAAUAAGUCGAUGAUAAGUCGGAAAUUGAAAUUUACUAAACGCAACAGCAAGUCAUUUACUGUCACUUGCUGUUGCGUUUAGUAAAUCUCAAUUUCCGACUUAUCAUCGACUUAUUUCGUAUGCUUUAAAUGAUGACGAACGGGUAAAGAUUCGCGAACUCAACUGUAAACAAUGAUUUUUAUUAUUAAUCGUGUUAGAUGUUUUACUAAUUUAAAGUUAGCCAAACAUGCAUUAUUUUUUUGAAAAAGAAACGACAUUUUUUGAAUGGCAAAUUAUCAUGUAUAAUUUCAAUUUAUAAAAUAUCAAAAA